AUGAAAAACAACAAAGCUAGGGGUCCAGAUGAUAUUGCAAAAGAAAGCCUUAAAGCACUAGGAGAUGAUGGAAUUCAUCUCCUUACAAAUCUGUACAAUAAAAUACUGGGAAAUGAAAAGAUCCCUCAAAAAUGGAAGCAGAGCUACCUAAGCUUCAUAAUAGUUGAGGGAGUUAAUCAAGGCGACUCUCAGCCCACUUCUCUUCAUAACAGUAAUAGAUGUAUUAGCACAGUCUAUACCACAAACAGUACGGUGGAAUAUGAUAUUGCGAUACUUGCCGAAUCCAACGAUAUGAAAGAUAAAUUAAUGAGCUGGAUAAAUAUCAUAGAAAAGCACGGACUAAAGGCCGCAUUCAUAGAUCCUGCCAAGCAUCUGAUCGAUUCUUAA